AUGUAUUUUCACAAUGGGUUGCUAGAACAGGGCUCUUCUUCAUAUGUCUCCAUAAAUUCAUCAAAUCAAUUUAUGGCCACAGCAAGCAAUGAAGGUAACAUAACAAUUAGAUCAAUCGCCAAGAUCCAGGAAUUGUAUGAAAACACUGAAAAUAAACUUAUACCAACAACCAAUACCAAUAUAGACCCAUUGAAAAAGUAUACAACUCAGUUUGAAGUUGCGAAAACUCCAGAGUUGGAUACAAUGAAACUACAGCAGGCACAGCAAAUACUAAACACAGUUAACGUUAGAAGUAGAAGUAAAAUCACAUGCUUAAGGUAUGCCAACUUAUUAACGAAUUCGAAUUUACUAGCAGCUGUUUACAAAAAUGGUGAAGUCUAUAUCAUUACAACACCACAAGAUCCAGCAAAAUGUCGUGUGCAACAAAUUUUCAAAUACACCAAUGGCCAGGUUGCCGAUUUCGUGUGGUCUGCUGAUGACCAAUUGAUGGCUUUUUCAACCUUCAACAAUAAGGUCAUAAUUUAUGAUGUCAUAUAUGGUAAAGUUUUGGCGACGCUGAACCCUCAUUAUAACAUUGAAACUUUAAAUCCAAAAGGCAAUAAAAUUGAAAUUUCAGCCACCCCUAUCAAAGGUAUAGCAUUUGAUCGCUUGGGUAAUGAUACUUUAUGCACACUUGGUGACGAUAAAAUAUUGAAUAUCGUGAAAUAUAAAUUGGUGAGUGAUGUCAUUUUAGGAAGAAUAUUUCAGUACGAAAUUGUUCAAGAGUUGAAUGACAUUGUUUCGAGCUCUAAGCUGAACAAAUCAGCUAUAGACAAGAUAUCAUUUUCUCCUGAUGAUGAUCUUAUAGUUUUACCAAAUACAUCCAAAAAUAAAGCAAUGAAGUUAACGGUGCUCCGGAGAGAUAACAAAACAUAUCAGCUAAAUAAUGAGUUAUCAGCGGUCGGUUUUAAAUCUUACAUGUCAUUGUUUUCUCCUAGAGUAUAUCAAAACGCAAAGGGAGAGAAAAUAUAUGUUAUUGCAUCUGCUUCAGAUACAACACUUUCAAUUUGGAGAACCGACUCCUUUUUUCCACUUUAUGUUGAUUUCACCAGUACGUCUACGAUAUCCAAUCUUUGUUGGAGUUCUGACGGCAUGAUGCUAUUUGUAACAUAUCAAAAUAGUGGGAUGUCAGUUGCUGUAUUUAAUAAAGAAGAAUUUGGGAAACCAGUGUAUGAAAUGAAUGCUUUAUCAACAAAUUUGUAUAAUAAAACCAAGGACACUUUACCGCUCGAAUUUGAAAGGAUGACAAAAUGGAGACUCUUCAUGAGAGAUCAUCCUGAAACGGUCAAGAUAAGGGAAAAAGAUCUUAAUAACAGUGAGCUAAGGAAGCUAAAGAUCAAAAAAUUACAAGUGAAAAAUUCAGAGACACCAAAAUCAGAGACACAGACACCUAUGCCUACUACCGAUACUACUAUUGGAACCACAAACUUGGUUCCACUUGAACCUGCAAAAUCGAAAGAAAAGCCGAUUUAUUUAAAGGAGGCACCAUUAAAAAAUAAGGAAACACCAACACAAUCGAAAGAAAGUAUGCCAGGAUCAGAAAAAAGUACAACAACGGAGAAAACAGAAGCAACGAAACAGGAAAAAACUAGAGAUUCUGUCAAUGAGAAAAGGGAGAAAAAGGACACAACGGAUACAAAGAGACCGGAAAAGGCGGAGAAGGUAAAUAAAGCUGAAAAGACAGAAAAAGUUAGCAAAGUGACAAAAGUUGAGAAGACUGAAAAAGCAGAAAAUAUGGAAAAGGACAACUCUCGAAAAGAGAAUCCCAAGAAGAGACCCCACCCAACGUCCAACUAUGAGCUUUCAUCCACUUCCGUUCCAAAAGAUAUCCAUCUUAGGGUCGCUAAAAUGAGCAGAAAAGAAUCAUCUCAAAAUGGGACAACAGCUCAAGCUCCAAGUAAAAAAAGAAAAGAAGUAGAGCCAGUUGAGUUUGUUGGUACUGUGAUAAUUAACCCUCAGAUUUCAUUCAGUAACAUACGUAUAGCGAUUCCAAAACUUAAGAAAGCAAUUGGUUACAGCUUUAUUGACGACGAGACUUUAUCACUACAAGUAACAAACGGCAAUGGACUGGAGUCACAACCAACAAGGAUAGCCUUGAUAAAGCAAAUUUCCAGAGGUGAGCCAAAACAAAUGUUUGUUGAUUUUAUUCCCCAUAAGGUCCACGUAGUUAGCGGAUCGUCACAUUAUAUUGCUGUUUCGACACAGAAUGGACAGAUUAUAACUUACACACAAUCCGGCAGUCGUAUAUUACCGGCUUUAAUUUUGGGGUCACCACUUUCGUUUUUAGAGCUAAAGGAUGAGUACCUUCUUGCUGUUACGUGUACGGGAGAAUUGUUUGUUUGGAAUCUAAAGGAAAGGAAGGCUCUAUUCAAGUCCAUCAGCUUAUACCCACUACUCCAGCCACUUUACUCUUCCGGCCAAGCCUCUGCAACAAACGUUGAUGGCGAAGACUCAAAUGUUAAUCUUGACGGAAAUAACUUGGUUUUUUUAAAUGGUGAGCUUUUAACCAAGAGCGAGAAUGUGACGCUAUGUUCAAUCACAUCACAGGGUAUUCCUAUAGUUACUUUAAGUAAUGGGAACGGUUAUUUAUUUAAUAAGGAUAUGAACACUUGGUCUUUGAUCAGCGACUCGUGGUGGGCUUUUGGUUCUCAAUACUGGGACAGUUCGUUAUCAGCUGAAAGCACUAAGGGUAUUGGAUUAUUGGAAUACAUGGAGUCGCAUACUAAUGAAGAAAUAAACAGAAGAGGGAAAGCUAAAUUUUUCAUUAAGAUAUCCAAAAUGAUGUUGAUGAGAGAGGGAUAUGAAAAUCUAGAAACUAUAAUUUCACUAAAUCAUUUGGAGAAUAAAAUCAACUUUUAUAUGAGUAUGGACGAUUAUAAGAAUUACAAACUCUACCUUAUAAUUUAUGCUAAAAGGUUGAGUGAGUUGAAUCUAAAAGCAAGACUGAUAGAAGUUUUGUCAAGCUUAUUUAAUGAUAUGGACGGGUCGAUUUGCGGUCAUGCCAAGAGAGAAUUGUUGGAAGAAGUAUUACUUAGCUGCUCCAAACAUAGAGAAGUACAGGAUAUUUUAGUUCCUUUUAGUGAGUCUGUCGGAAUUCUAAACCAUAAAGGAGGCUCUGAUAUUGAUGUACUAUAG